AUGGCACCAGGCCAGGGUCCCUUCCUGGGACCCAUUCGCAGCCAGAUCUGGGAGCCCCUCAUCUGGGGCCAUGGCCCGAGGCCUCGCUCGGCCGGCCCCAAGCCCCGCGGGCUCACGCCACCCCUCUGUCCCCUCGCAGACGAAGAUGUGUGUGUGUUCAAGUGCUCGGUGUCCCGUGAGACGGAGUGCAGCCGCGUGGGCAAGCAGUCCUUCAUCAUCACGCUGGGCUGCAACAGCGUCCUCAUCCAGUUCGCCACGCCCAAUGACUUCUGUUCCUUCUACAACAUCCUGAAAACCUGUCGGGGCCACACCCUGGAGCGGUCGGUGUUCAGCGAGCGCACCGAGGAGUCCUCCGCCGUGCAGUAUUUCCAGUUUUACGGCUACCUGUCCCAGCAGCAGAACAUGAUGCAGGACUACGUGCGGACGGGCACCUACCAGCGCGCGAUCCUGCAGAACCACACGGACUUCAAGGACAAGAUUGUUCUGGACGUGGGCUGUGGCUCUGGCAUCCUCUCGUUUUUUGCCGCACAAGCUGGAGCCAGGAAGAUCUACGCGGUGGAGGCCAGCACCAUGGCCCAGCACGCAGAGGUCUUGGUGAAGAGUAACAACCUCACCGAGCGCAUCGUGGUCAUCCCCGGGAAGGUGGAGGAAGUCUCGCUCCCUGAGCAGGUGGACAUCAUCAUCUCGGAGCCUAUGGGCUACAUGCUCUUCAACGAGCGCAUGCUCGAGAGCUACCUCCACGCCAAGAAGUACCUGAGGCCGGGGGGAAACAUGUUCCCCACCAUUGGUGACGUCCAUCUUGCACCCUUCACGGAUGAACAGCUCUACAUGGAGCAGUUCACCAAGGCCAACUUCUGGUACCAGCCAUCCUUCCAUGGAGUGGACCUGUCAGCCCUCCGAGGCGCGGCAGUGGACGAGUAUUUCCGGCAGCCAGUGGUGGAUACAUUUGACAUCCGGAUCCUGAUGGCCAAGUCUGUCAAGUACACAGUGAACUUCUUAGAAGCCAAAGAAGGAGAUUUGCACAGGAUAGAAAUCCCAUUCAAAUUCCACAUGCUGCAUUCCGGGCUGGUUCACGGUCUGGCCUUCUGGUUUGAUGUCGCCUUCAUCGGCUCCAUAAUGACAGUGUGGCUGUCCACGGCCCCGACGGAGCCCCUGACCCACUGGUACCAGGUCCGGUGCCUGUUCCAGUCACCGCUGUUCGCCAAGGCUGGGGACACGCUCUCAGGGACAUGUCUGCUUAUCGCCAACAAAAGACAGAGCUAUGACAUCAGUAUUGUGGCCCAGGUAGACCAGACGGGGUCCAAGUCCAGUAACCUCCUGGAUCUGAAAAACCCCUUCUUCAGAUACACGGGCACGACGCCCUCGCCCCCGCCUGGCUCCCACUACACGUCGCCCUCGGAGAACAUGUGGAACACGGGCAGCACCUACAACCUCAGCAGCGGGAUGGCCGUGGCUGGGAUGCCGACCGCCUACGACCUGAGCAGUGUUAUUGCCGGCGGCUCCAGCGUGGGCCACAACAACCUGAUUCCUUUAGCCAACACGGGGAUUGUCAAUCACACCCACUCCCGGAUGGGCUCCAUAAUGAGCACGGGGAUUGUCCAAGGCUCCUCGGGCGCCCAGGGCGGCGGCGGCGGCGGCUCCAGCGCCCACUACGCGGUCAACAGCCAGUUCACCAUGGGCGGCCCUGCCAUCUCGAUGGCCUCCCCCAUGUCCAUCCCGACCAACACCAUGCACUAUGGGAGCUAGGCACCGCCGGCAUCGAACAGACUGACAGCACCAGGAAACCAAAUGAAGACCCUGCCCACCCACCCCUUGCCUGGGCGGCUUUCACCCCGUACCGGAGGAGCCCAAACACCCGGUCACAGCUCUCUUUGCUAUGGGAACUCGGACACUUUUUUACACACCAUUGCCGCUGCCCCCCUUCCCCCCCCCCCCCCCCAUCUUGGCCCCGAGCGUGUGUCGCUGCCGUGUUUUACACAAGAUCAUGUCGUGGGAGCCCUGCUUCCCCCUCCUGCCCUCCACCCUGACCUGGGUUUGACAUCUUCUGUAACAGGCGUGUCCGGGCCCGACAGCUGCGGGCCUGGCGGGGAGGGGGGGCAGCAGCUGCUCCCCCAGGGUCCCUCGGCGCUGGCCCCCCUCUGCCUGUCUCCAGGGGGAAGGCCGUCUGGGGCCUCCCCUUCAACUACCAGGCCUUGGUCACAAUGGGCGUGACAUGCUGCUUUUUUUAAUUUUAUUUUUUUACGAGAAGAACCAGUGUCAAUCCACAGACCCUCUGAGGAACCAGGCCGGCCGGGCCGAGCCAGCAGCCCCUUCCUCCGGCCCAAAGGCGCAGGGGUGAGGGGCAGCCCUGCCGUGGCUUCGGGAUAGGGGCAGGGCCAGGCCUCUGGAGACCCGAGGCCUGGCCCUCCCACCAAAGGGUUCACCUCACACUUGAAUGUACAACCCACCCCGGCUGUCGGGAAGGCCCUCCGUCCUUGGCCCCUGCCUCUUGCUGCUGUCCUGCCCCUGAGCCCCUGCAGGUCCCCUCCCCCACCCCUACCAAGCGCUAGAGCAGGUGGCCCCGUAGGCCCUGGGCCUGGAGGGAAGGGGCAGACCCGAGCGCCCUCGAGGCUCUGUCGUGGAAGGCGUCCUUCUCCCUCGUAGCUCACGUAGGCCUGUGUGUUUCCCUCCACGUUUGUAGACGCUCCAGUCCCUAUGACUAUGAUGGCAUUGUGGUCCCUCCCGGCCUGGGAAGGGGCCUUGCAGGGACCUCUCCCCACCCCCGCCCCCACUAAAACGGAAAAUAAACGAGGAAAUGUAUGUUUCAGCACAGGCCAUCUUCUUCUGCUCCCCCGCCCCAUUUCUAACAGCCCCAAGCUGGCCGUGGUGGAGCUCAGGCGCAGAGGCCCCAGGACCUGCUGACCGGGCCCCCCUGGGAAGGGCAGGCGAAGCGGAGGUGGGGGUGGCCCCCUGGGCUCUCCCGGCUGUUCCCCGUCCUCCCCCCACCCCCCCAGGGAAAGCAGAGGCCUAGCGGGCAGCUCGGGGUGACGGCCACCUCGUCAACUCCCUGCUCGGCUGUCCCUUUCCCUCCUUUAUAUAAAUUCUCUGAUUCACCUUUGCAUAGAAAAUAAAAGUGUUUGCUUUGUAAGAAAA